CAGGACCGGCGCGAUCUCGAGGAGGUGGUCGCAGAAGCCGACAGGGUGCUGGAGGACAACGGCACGGUGAAAGAGACCAAAGCCGUCUUGCGAAAAGCGCAGAAGAUAUAUCCAGGGAAGUGGACCCUUUCAGGGAAGAAAGACGAGUUGCAACAAAAACUGCGCGAGUUUGUGGAGGAGGCCAAAGCAACCAAAAAGGGCUUGGAAGAGGAUUCCCACAAGGCACAGGUGACAAGCUGGCACCCUGGGCGUGGCGGAGUUGCUUCGCGCGCCAGCCCGCAGCAGGACAGUGGUGCGGAGGACUGGCUCGCCAAGAGCUGCGAGGAGGUGGAGGGCUUCAAGAAGGCCCAGGUGCCCAGUUGGGCAGAGGCUGUGCUGAUUGACGGCGGGCUGGAAGCAGACGAUGAGUUCAUCCAGCGGACGGUGACCGCACUGCGGCAGCAAGGCGUCACCGGCAAGUCCCUGCUGGAGCUGACACUGGAGAAGCUGAUGGCAGCUCCGUACAACAUCCCUGGCGGACCUGCAGAGCUGCUGACAAAGAAGAUCCAGUUGCUGAAGGAGCCCCAGGUUGAGCUCCCUCGUUUUAACGCCGCAGAUCUCUCGGACUUGGAAGACCGCUUUUUGAACCGCCGAAUCAACAACAAGAAUGAGAGGCCUUUUGAGGAAAGAGAGGCGGUUGUUGAGAGUGUUGUGGAGCAAAUGGAGGAGAUCCAAAGGAAACAGACCAACAAGCCGACGGUCUUGGCCUUGUACAGCCCGCGGGGCACCGGCAAGACAUCGCUCAUUCGUCAUUUGGCGAAGGUCUCAAACUUUUCCGAAAGUCGACGGUGCGGGCGGCUCUUGGUAUUUGAUGCGUUGACGAUUCCGCCAACGCUGCUGCGCAAAGAUCCUGACUUGCUGGUUUCUGCCAUCAUCUUGUGGCACCUUUGCCAGAUCUUCGAUGGCUACUCUGUGGAGGUGAGCCAAGGGCCACCCAUUGGUUUCCAGACGACGAGGUUCAGCGAUUUGGUCAACAUAUUGGAAUCCAGCCGAUCAUCGCCAGCUGUCAACAGCUUUGAGGCUUGGGUUCGCUUACGUUGCAGAAUCAAGGAAGCUGCUUUCGAGCAGUGGCUUCUGGUGACGGCUGCAGCCUUCAAUGCAACACCAGCCUGCCCUUGCUUACUGUUCCUCGAUCAGGCAGAGCUGAUUGUGAACAGAAAGGUCGAUGAACUGAGCCAACAUCGUGGACAAAAAUCGGUCUUCACCCAAAUAUUGAGCGGAUUCCCGCAGGGGCUUGGCAUGUUUUCCGCAGGCACAGUCAAUAUCCUGCAAGAUAGGCCAUCCGACGAGUACACCAUGCUGAAGGUCCAGAAAGCUCCAGCUCUAGAGCCAUUGUCACUGCAAGCUGCCAGACGAGCCAUGAAAGGCUGGAGGGGUACGCAGUACCAGGAGGAGGAAUUCAACAAAAUUUUCCUCUUCUCUGCCGGGGUACCCCGGCUUUUGGAGGCGGCUUUCCAGACCAGGGGUGAGUUGGCAUCAACUGCUCAGGUUGCACUCAACGCCAUGUCGAAUGAGUUCGAAAGCUCGUACGCGGAUGCAGCGCCUUAUUUCGCUGAGCCCAAAGUGGCUUUGUCGUUGGUUCUUUGCUCGGCGGUUCGAUGGCCUGCAGAAGGCAACCAGUUUGUGCCCGGAACCUCACUAAGGUGGUCAGACAUCUUCAGGGCAGGAGCAGCGUUUCCAAAGAACAAGUCCGUUCUGGUUCCACGGCUGUGGUGGUGUAAGGAUACCAAUGUCAAAGACGCCCUCCAAAACGACUUGAAACAGCGGAACAUUUCGUUGGAAGGGCUCCUGCCAGAUUUGCUGAAUUACUUGAUAGGGCAGAAAAGGGGCGCCACUGAAAGGGGGCGCCCUUGGGAAGAGCUGGUGGCCAAUUCCCUGGCUGCGCGCUUCCACCUUCACUGCAUAGCAAGAAAUCUGAGUGCUAACGUCACCUGGAUCCCGUUUUUGGAGAUCUACCCUACGGAGGAUCUGCACUUGCGAGCUGUUUUGGAGCCGUUCGAAGUUUGCUGGAGUGAUGGUGUGGAAUACCCGACGGACAAUGAAGCUAGUGUCGAAAGCAAGGUCGGGAAGGCCAUCAAGUCCAACCGGAAUAUCAAGAAUGCUCACCACGACCUUUUGAUCCCUGUGAAGCGGAAGGCGACUCCUAUGCUCGAAUUCAUUGCAGUGCAAUGCUGCUAUGGGUUGCUGAAGACCGCAAGUCAGCUGUCCAAAUCAUGCCAGGACAAGACUAGGAAGCCUCGGAAGGGCAGGAAGGGAGCGCAGGGCAGGACGCCUCAAAAGGAGGAGCACAGAGACGACCUUGCAGACAUGGCAAAUGCGUUGCUCCAGAUUUGCAGCACAUGUGAAGACGGCAGACAAAAAUUUCAGGACGGCUCUUCCUGGGCCAAACGCCAACAGGAGAAGAGAUACUCUCUCAUGAGUUGUAGGUGUAUAAUCCCAGAGAUGGACGUGUUGCAGCUGCUGUGAGUGCAAAAGCGCGCAAGAGAGAGCAAAGAAAGGGAAGAGAAGGGAAGGGAAGAUUCUUUCCUGUAAACAAGCC